AUGCUCGAAAAGCCUCCGGACGAAAAUCUCAACUUGAGAGAUUAUCUGAUGGACCUUUUCUCGAGGAUCGGCCAUUGUUUCAUGAAUUUUUUCUUCUGCUGUUGCAUCUCAAGAAAUGAUGCGUCUGUGGAAGAAAUUAUUCCUUGCCUCGGUCAAAUGCCCACUGUGGACUCAUGUACGCAAACCGAUUUCUUACCACGCAAAAUAAACGUCUCUCAACAAGUUGUUCCAAAUUCAAAUGUCUGCACCAAUGAUUUGAACACAAAAUCUGGUUCAACUCCAUUGCAAGAAUCCUCAUACAGAUCAAGCUCCGCUUCUUAUUUAAUCGCAACAAACUCUCCUGACUUAAAAUCUAAAUCUGUUGUCUUCCGUCCAGAGGAAGACAUCAUUGAAUCAAAGGUUAUUCUCGAUUCAAAUGAAGAUUCCACUCCUAUUGUUAGAGCCAAAACUGUUUCUUUCUGCCUCGAAGAUGAUAUCUAUGAACCUAAGCUUGUUCAUGACAUAAUGGUUAGAAGCGCUUCAGCAAAAACUACUAACCUCCAAUCACUCUACGAUUUCCACGAUCAAACUAAUGUUCAAGAACUUGAUGACGAAAUUGCCUCCGAUUCUGAUUCCUUUUAUACAGCAGAACCAAUGCAUAGUUCAAAGUUGUCUUAUGAUUCAGACCUAGGUAGCUAUGUUGACUCAGGCACGGAUAGCAACAAAAGUGAAUCCUAUCAUACUGUAGAACAAGCAUCUGACCAAGAAGAAGGGGAAUAUCUUUCGUUGAAAAAUUUAAAAUACAUUUUGGGUCCAGGUGUAAAAAAUGUUGGUCAUGGGAAUGUAAAAUUAAUUUCUGUAUCACCCUGUCCAGACAUUUGUAAAGCAGUCUGUUUUAAAGCCUUCCAUGAUUCACGUAAAGGCUGCUCAACCAGGGACAUCGAUAAUUCAACUGAGGGAAAAUGUUCUUCUCUGGAGCGUCGUGGAUCGCAAGAGCCGGACGGUGUUCCGAGCAUGGGUAAAGGAAAUCCGGAGAAGGGCAAAAAACACAAAGUGAAAGAAUUGAACAACUCUCCUACAGGUGUAUCUUCUGUUCCAUGGCCUGACGAUUUCAGAGACUUUGAAGAGAUAGAUCUAGAAGAGGGGGCUGUCGCCUCUCUGGUAUCCGGGCCACGUUCCUAGCGCCCCUAACUCACCGCCACAAACACAGACUGCUUUCUGCAGCAAAUUCAGAACAAAUGUA